UGCCCUCUUGACUUCUUUGACCGUUUCACUCCUUCCCUGAUACACGGGUGAGUCUUAAGGCCAACAGUGUCACUUCACUCCCUAUUUCUUCCCCGCAAUGGCAAGCCUCUCUCUCUCUCUCUCUCGCACUCCAUUGAUGGUGGUGGUGGUGGGAUCGCCAUGACCAACAAGAUUCCGACAUCGGGAAAGGGGGACAACUCGUUGGAGUUAUGCCGGAGCGACCCUGUCCAGCUGAACUUUUCCGCGCCUUACUCAGCAGCAUUUACUCUCUCUCUCGCUCUUCCCCCCUAUUUUCGAGGAUAUGGGGAUGUGUAUCUCGGCCAGUUUCUUUUUUUCUCUAAAUUGAGAAAGAGUUCGGUGGGUGGAUAGAAUGAGAAAGGCAGCGAGCUCGAUUGAAGAAUCUGGAACGGAGCCAUCAGCAAACUUCUACAUGACUGAGUUGAUGUAAACUGGCUAUCUCUUGUGUGUAGAAUUAUGACUUCAGUGGCUAAGGUAAGGCUAGUAUAUUGCCCAAAAUGCCAACACCUUCUUCCAGAAAUUGCACAGUUUCCUGUUUACCAGUGUGGCAAUUGCAAGGCCAUUCUUCAAGCAAAACAUGCAAAAGCCAAACUUGAGGUUGAGCAUCAGAAGGCAGAUUUGAAUUCUAGUUGCAAUGGAGCAGCCUCUUCCAAUGGAGAUCUCAAUCCAGGAAAUGCACCUGAUUCCAAGCACAGCAAUGAUAAACACCGACCUGGGGAAGUUUGUCAGAAUAAACUUGAAUCGACAGCAAAAAGAGUCUCAUCCCUUCCUGUUGAUGAAUUGGGUUGCAAUAUAAUUUCUGAACUUCCUCAAAGCAGGAAACAUUCAGAUGGGAACUUUGAUAGUAAGGGUUCUAAUUGCAGGGUGUCCUCAACUGCGUUGAAACCAAACCACAAAUCACAGAAGGUCAGGGAAGUAGCUAGCCAAAACAAGACAUUGCAUUAUCCUCUAGGGAAUGGCUGUGAUGAUGCAGUGGCAAGUAACGGUCGAAAGGAGCACAAGAACAAAGAGCACUAUGAAAGACUCUCACAUACUUCAGGUUCUAAUAAAGUCAACAUAGAAGAUGCUGCUUCAGAUGCACAGAUUGAUUGCAGGAAGAAAGAGACUGAUGAGGUAACAGCAAAAUGUCCAAUCUAUAAUGGCUGCAGCUCCUCAUCUCCUGGUAUUGAUUCUGACGACCUUGUUCCUGAGCAGAGACUAAGGUUAUCCAGAAGGACAUUAUUUAAGCAACAAGAAGAUGAAGUCACUGAUGGGUUAACAGAAUCAAUAGAAAAAAAUUCAAAAUCCAGCUCCCCAGAUGCAGGAGCAAUGGAAGCACCAAGUUGUUCUUCAGGCUUCAUGAACAAAGGGAAAAUGACAAAUCAUCCUCCAGUGUCUAAAGGAAGCAGGAGUCCCUCAAAGACAGCCAUGCAUGUGCACCACACUCAGAUAAAAGGUCAUGAAGAAUUGUAUCCUUUGACUCUGAUCCAAGAAAAUCUUGAGGAUUGCCACAGUCAAGCAGCAGCCCGAAGAAACAUGAAUUCCAGAUUUCUGUUGCAAGAACCAUCUUGCUUUCUUGGUGCGUGUACGAUGGAUGAAGUUCCAUAUAACUGUAUGGAAGCGAUGCACUCUAACCUGGAUUAUAUCCACGAUGAUCCUUUGGUAUUUGACAGAAUCGAAUGCCUUGAGCAUGAGAGAUUUGAGCUUCUGAGAAAGGUGGAUGAAUUGAGAGACUAUAUAAGUAGAUCACCUCUGGCUCCUGGUAGAACAAAUGGAAGGGUUCCAACUGCCGGACUUCAAUUUUAUGAAACUGAUUCUACCAUGGAGCCCACAUGGCAUGCAUUACAGAAACAGUUUAGAUGCACUCCUUGUUUUCAUCAAAGUGAAGCCAAAAUGCAAGAUUUGCAUCAAUAUCACAAAAAUUCUAUCCUGGAAGGAGAUUGUGUAGAGACACAUAGGCAAUCUCCUGGCUCCCACCCUCAGUCAAAGGGCAUGCCAGAAGCAUGUAGGUUCUCACAAAGUCCAAUUUUAGCACAGCCAAGAAUUUGUGGAUGUGAAUUUUGUUUUUCUGCAGCAAAUAUUAUAGAGACAGGUCGAGAAACUGGCAGGAGUCAAUGUGCUGAUAACAAUUCCAUCUGCAUGUUCAGCUCAUGUGCACAUUCUCUUAGAAAUUAUGAAAGACCCUCACAGCAUUCUUCUUGCAUUUCUUCUAACCAAGGUCUGUGUAGAGCAUGUACAGGACCUUUCCAUUACCAUGUUAAUAGUCCAACUCAUGCCCUCAGACGAACACAUGUGGAUGCUAGUGUACAUUUCCAAGACUCAAACAAGAAGGUGCUUAUGGAGCCUGAACAUGAAGACAUGUGUUUGGAGAGCUUCCACCAAGCUGAAGAGAUUGCUAUGACAAUGAAGACAACUGCUUGCCAACCAAUAUUUGGCGGUGCACCUUUCAUAACAUGCUAUCGUUGCUCAAAGUUGCUCAAGUUACCUGACCUUCUGCACUCAAAGAAGAGAAUUAACAAAGUCAAAUGCGGUAAUUGCUCUUUGGUUCUCAAUUUUGCUGGUUAUGACAAGAGGCACAUCACUCAUGUUAGAAAGCACUGCAGAUUGCCACCAGCAGAAAUGGAUGAAAAAGGUGAAAAUGCAAGUUAUGAACCCUGCACAACUUGUGAUCGACAGGAAGCCAUAGGUGAAUUUGCUGACUCGAGACCCACAAAUGGGGAUGAUUUUCAGUCUGGGCCUGUUUCUUGUUCUGAAGUGUGUGGAGCAUCAAUACCAGGAAGUCAUUUUUCAUCGGAUGCUGAGCCUAGUUCCCUACCAACUCCAUUUCCCAUUCUUCCCGAUCAUGUGCUUGAGAAAAUGGGUGCUAUGACUAAUUCCCCAGAGUGGAUUAGAAAAGGUAUGAAACAAACAUCCAAGGACUUCAUGAAUAAACAGAAAUACCGUAGAUAUGCCAAUGAAAGUAAUAAUAUAUCAGAAGGUAUCGAAGGAUCCUUCAGGGCUGCUGCAGGCGCGCCACUUCAUAAACAUUUUGGAUAUCUCUCUGCAAGUGACCUAUUAAGAAGGGACCGUAAUGGAAGCAAAGAAUCAGAAAUUGGAAUAGCACAUUCUCCAGUAUUUGGGACAAAUUGUUUGGAUAAGGACUUGUUUUUGCAUGAGAUGAAGUUGGAACCAUGGGCAUCUCCAGGUCUUCCAAAAAAAGUUGAUAGAGAAAAGAAGUCCAGCAAAGAUUCUAUAGUUCCUGGAUUUAUAAAGAAAGGAAUUAGGGAUCUGAGCCUUGGGUUGGAGGGUAUGAAAUCAAAGGUCUUUGUGAAUGGGCGACCAAUACCAGAUAGGUUAGUGAAGAAGGCUGAGGAACGAGCAGGACCCAUUCAACCUGGACAUUAUUGGUAUGACUAUGAAGCGGGUUUUUGGGGUGUCAUGGGUCAACCUUGUCUUGGCAUAAUACCUCCGCACAUCGAGGAGUUCAAUUAUCCUGUGCCAAGAAACUGUACUGGGGGGAAAACAGGUGUUAUUGUAAAUGGUCGAGAGCUUCACCAGAAGGACUUGGACGCCCUUUUUGACAAAGGCCUUCCACUAGUAGCCAAUAAGGAAUACAUUGUUAACAUUAGCGGUCAGGUGAUCGACAAAGCAUCUGGUGAAAGAUUCAAUCUUGUCGAUCUAGCACCAACGAUUGUGAAGGCAGGACGUGGGUUCGGGAUGCGAGCUCCAAACAGUAUUCAGUAACGGUUCCAAGCACAGUUCAGUAUAUAUUUUUCGUGAAAUUGCAGCAGGGCCGCUUUUUUU